CAAAUUUCACAUGCAGAUCCUCUUUCACUUUCAUUUCCCGGAAGGUUUCUCCUCUAACAGCAGCCUGAGUCUCUUUCAGCACCGACUGCAUCUGGGAAAACACUUCACUUCAUCUCCCUCCACAGAGAUAUCAUCCUUCUUAAAGCUCCAUCGCUGAGCACUUCUGUAACUAGUUCUGAAAAUAAUGUGAUGUGCAGUUUGAGAAGAACAAAAUGACCAACAGCUCCACAGCACCUACACUCAUCACGGACACAGGCGAUGGUGAACCGGAACUCCACACCACAAACCCCUCGACCUCCAUGUUUCCUGAAACACCAGACGAACUCUGCAAACUUCCUGGAAGAUUACGUAUUAAUCCGUCUCUUUGGGAUAAGGACGAUGUUAAUUUGUGGCUGCGGUGGGCUCAGAGGGAAUACGCCCUGCGCCGCGCCGAUCACGAGAAGUUCGAGAUGAAUGGCAAAGCGCUGUGUCUCCUCACCAAGGAGGAUUUCCGCCUACGCUGUCCCAGUUCAGGUGACGUCCUGUACGAACUCCUACAGCAUGUGAAGCAGCAGAGACGCGCUCACACACAAGCAACACCCAGCGCUCUCGGGACUGCAGGUCUCUGCAGCUCCACUAACAGAUCUGUACCUGUUUGUCCAGUGAAUCCACACUCUCGAACCUUAAAAACAUCGGGUCCAGAAAUGAGACAAAACUCAGAAGUUCAGCACUCUAGCCUUCCACAAACACACACAGAGACGCCAUGUGUUUCUGAAGAAAGUAAAUCACAGCUGUCUCCAGUCAUGGCUGCCCAUCCUCAGGUCUUCUGCAGUACAGACGAACCGCUCAAUCUGUCCUAUAGAACGGACAAAUCCAGGGUCAAGACAUCAACCACUGAAGCCAACGGAAAAAUUGCAGAUUGCAGAUUAUUAUGGAAUUACGUGUACCAACUACUGUUGGACCCCAGAUACGAAGCCUACAUUAGGUGGGAGGAUCGGGACUCUAUGAUCUUCAGAGUGGUGGACCCGAAUGGACUCGCUCGCCUCUGGGGAAACCAUAAGAACCGGGCCAACAUGACCUAUGAGAAAAUGUCUCGAGCACUGCGCCAUUAUUAUAAACUCAACAUCAUCAAAAAAGAGUCAGGGCAGAAACUCCUCUUCAGAUUUCUGAAAACUCCUGAGGAGAUCAUUCAGAGCAGGUCUGAUCGUUCUGACCCCCCUGAGUCUCCUGAUAGCCCCGCCUCUCCUGCUUACAAAGAGGGGACUCUGGAAGUGUCGCCCUCCUCAACCCCAGACCCCUCCAGUCCUGAAUCUCUUCGCAUACUCAGUGUGUCCCCACUGCCAUGACCACUAAAAUACCCCAGUCUUCAUCAUAAAAUAUCUCCAUUUUGCACUGGUUUUGCACCAUCCCCACUUUUCCCAAUUUCCACUUUAAAUGCUCCCAAAUGUCUUUAUGGCAACCUUACUGGCCUAAUCUCUACAUUUCUACUUUUUUUGCAAUCUGAAUUGCAACCUGAAAGACCUGGGCUCAACUUUAUUACCUUCAAUUUCCAUCUAUAAAUAACAGAGUUUACCCAUCACCCCAUCACCCCAAUUCCAUCAUCCCAGUUCUCAUCAUCUCAUCUUCAUUUUUUUUUUCAUUAAGUCUGAAACCAUAUACAUAGUUUUCUUGAUAGAAUGCAAUUUACAUAUUAUGAUCUUUUGGCUCUGGUUCCAUUUUAAUUCUGUUUUCUUUAAUAAUGUAAUUACUGUAAUUAUUAAUACUUCUUACAUGGAAUAAUUAUAAAUAAUAAAGGUGUGGAAAUAUUUGAAAUAAUUUAUUUUUGAUUGUACAGUAAAAAAAAAAAAGACUUGCAAAAAUAAAAGAUUUCUAAAAUACAUGGAUUAGUAUUAAAUUUUGAGAAAAAAAACACUUUCUGUAUUUCCAUACAUGAUCAUAUUUCAGAGAUUAUAGCAGCCUGUGUAAGAGACAUUACAGAGACAUUUUUAAAGCUUUGCACUUGAUUUGUGACCACUGGAUCAAGCGG